AUGGUGAAGCGCAAGGUAGACGACCGCAUCAAGACGCUGAUCGACGACAUCGCCCGCCACAAGCAUCGCGGCCUCAUCUUGCUCGUUGGUGACCGGGCCAAGGACCAGGUGGUGAAUCUCCACCUCAUGAUCUCCCGCGCCAACCACAACGCGAAGGUGAACGUCCUGUGGUGCAUGCGCGAGGACCCGGACUUCGGGUCGACUGGCAAGAAGCAGCAGGAGAAGCGGGCCCGGCUGGAGGUGAAGGGCGGCCUCUCUACAGAGGCCUCCAAGGAGGCGUUCCAGACGUUUCUGGCCCAGACAAACAUCCGAUUUUGCAAGUACAAGGAGACGCACAAGAUCCUCGGCCAGACCUUUGGGAUGGCUGUUCUGCAAGACUUCGAGGCGAUCAACCCCAACACGCUGGCCCGCACGAUGGAGACGGUGAAGGGGGGCGGCCUCAUCGUGAUCACAUUCCGCGCGAUGCGGUCGCUGCGGCAGCUCUACACGAUUGCCAUGGAUGUGCACGCGCGCUACCGCACCGAGACGCAGAGGGAUGUUGUCCCCCGCUUCAACGAGCGCUUCCUUCUUUCGCUGGCAGACUGCGACACUGCCAUGUGCGUGGACGACGACUUGAAUGUGCUCCCCAUCACACACAAGAUGAAGUCGUACGGCAAGAGUUGCAAGAGCGACGCCUACAACGCCGAUCUCGCCGUGCAGGGCCGUCUGCAGCACGAGGUGGACUUGGCGAAUGUGAAGGAGACGCUGAGGCCGAGUGAGGAUGUGGGGCCGCUCAUGCAGCUGUGCCAGACGAUGGACCAGGCCAAGACGGUGCUGUCGCUUAUGCAAACCGUCAUGGAGAAGCGGCUGGACUCAACGUGCGUCGUGACGGCAGGCCGCGGCCGCGGCAAGUCCGCCGCGCUUGGCAUGACGAUCGCGGGGGCGAUUGCGCAGGGGUACAGUAACAUCAUGUGCACCGCCCCGACGCCGGAGAAUGUGCAGACUCUCUUCGAGUUCGCGAUUCGUGGGCUGAAGGAGCUGGGGUAUCGAGAGCGAACCGACUUUGAGGCGUUGCAGGGCGUCAGCGAGGAGUUUGCCAAGUGCUUCAUCCGCAUCAACGUCUUUCGGGGGCACCGGCAGACAGUGCAGUUUGUCUCCGCGACGGACACGGCGAAGUUUGCGCAGGCAGAGCUGUGCGUGAUUGAUGAGGCGGCGGCGCUGCCGCUGACGCUGGUGAAGCGCAUAUUGGGCCCCUAUCUCGUCAUUCUGAGCUCCACCGUGUCUGGCUACGAGGGCACUGGCCGCAGCCUGUCUAUGAAGCUUGUGGCCGACAUGCGUCGCGGCAGCAGCAGCGGCGCCGCCGACGCGCGCCACCUGAAGGAGCUGUCGAUGAGCGAUCCGAUCCGUUACGGCCCGGGCGAUCCGGUGGAGAAGUGGCUGAACAAGCUGCUGUCCCUCGAUGCAACGAUGGAGAACACGCCGUUGACCACGUCGCCGCAUCCGAGCGCGUGCGAGCUGUUUUACGUCAACCGCGACGCUCUCUUCUCAUACCACCCCCUGGCAGAGGAGCUACUGCAGCGCAUCCAGUCGCUGCUCGUCGCUGCUCACUACAAGAAUCAGCCGAACGACCUGCAGCUGCUCUCCGACGCACCGGGGCACCACUUGUUUGUGCUCUGCGCCGACAGCGUUGAGUCGUCCGCCGCCUCGGCGCCGACCUCGUCGACCUCAGGGGCGGCACGCCAGCAAGUGCCGGACAUCUUCUGCGUUAUCCACGCCUGCGAGGAGGGCCAAGUGAGUGCGCAGAGCAUCAAGAGCCAUCUGAGCCACGGCCUUCGCCCAUCGGGUGACUUGAUUCCCUACACCCUGUCCCAGUACUACCUGGAAGAGGGCUUCGCAAAACUGGCAGGGCUGCGCAUCGUGCGAAUUGCCACGAACCCGGCGCUGCCUCGGGCCGGCUACGGCUCCCGUGCCCUCUCCUUGCUGCACCAGUACUACAGCGGGUCCAUCUCGCUGACAGCGGCCGAGCCCAAAACGGCAAUAGCGACGCACAGGCGCGGCGACUCCGAGGCUGACGCGCGUGAGCAGGCUGGCAAGGAGCACGAGGGCGACGACGACGAGUCCUCUGCGCCAACCGCGAUGCUUGCGCCGCGCUCGCACAUCACAAAUCUUCUUACGCCCCUGGUCGACCGCCCUUACGAGCUCGUCGACUACCUCGGCGUCAGCUUCGGCCUCACGACGGAGCUACUCAACUUCUGGAAGAAGGCGUCGUACAUUCCCUUGUACGUGCGCCAAGCCCCGAAUGAACUGACGGGCGAGCACAGCUGCGUCAUGGUGCGGCCGAUGGGCUUCGACUUGCGCCCGCUGCAGCGCGAGUUUCAGCACCGUCUGCUCCCUCUCUUGGCGAUGCCGUUCCGCCACUUGCCGACGGAACUCGCGCUGAGCCUCGUGGGCGACUUUGAAGCGCACGACCCACACAAGCUGAGUGCGGCGACGGACUUGUCAGAGGUCGACCACCACGUUGUGCGCGUGGACGGCGUUGUGCAGGCAACGACCGACGAUAUUGCAGCCACAUUCACUGCCGGCGAUGUGCAGCGCCUGCGUCUUGUGUCGACCACGUUCAUCGAGGGGGGAAACGUGCUCGACUUGGUUCCGACGCUGGCAAAGUUGUACUUUGGGAAGCGACUCUUCCGUUGCCCGGAUGGCACCGACGGCGUGGUGCUCUCCCACGCGCAGGCGGCCGUGCUGCUGGCGGUGGGUCUGCAGUGUCAAACAACUGAGGAGCUCGCAGCUCAGGCGGCUUUCACUGGGGUGUCGACGCAGCAGCUGCGCGGGCUUUUCCUGAAGGCCCUCUCCCGCCUCUCGGAGCACCUCGUCGCCCUGCAGAAGAUCCCCCAAAGGGCGCAGAGGGAUGGCCACAACGCCGGCGUCGUGGCGGGCAAGCGCGCGCGGUCGCUGUCGGACGGCGCGGUCGGCGACAGCGCCGCCGAUGAAGACGUCGAGGAUGCGGAGGAGGUCUACGACAGUCACGGCAACUUGAAGGGGCUGAAAGUGGCACGCAAAGUCAAGGUGCAGGUGUGCACGGACAGGACACUACUGCGGGACGCGUCGUUGUCCGUCUCGGGCAACGCGUCGGCUGCGUCUACGGGUCGGGACAGUCUACAGGAUGUCUUCUACCGCCCAACGAAGAAGGCAUCCAAGCGUCGCUGA